UCAUUCUGCAUAAUAAUACGAGUAUAGACGCUAGGCUUUGGCAAUAACUAUCUUUUUUUUUUUACUGUUAACCAAAAGGACUCCUCACGUCUUGGAAUUCUUUUUGUUUGCAAUUUAUCUGAGCACUUGCAGCUAUUACCUGUGGAUGAGUUGAAAACAAAAAUGGCUUUGUUGCCAUUUCAAGACUGGAUACGUGGCAUUGCCACUCUUGCACUAAAGUGCUGUUUAUUUUUUAUUUAUAUGUGUAUUUGUGGGGCGGCACGGUGGUGUAGUGGUUAGCGCUGUCGCCUCACAGCAAGAAGGUCCUGGGUUCGAGCCCCGGGGCUGGCGAGGGCCUUUCUGUGUGGAGUUUGCAUGUUCUCCUCGUGGGUUUCCUCCGGGUGCUCCGGUUUCCCCCACAGUCCAAAGACAUGCAGGUUAGGUUAACUGGUGACUCUAAAUUGACCGUAGGUGUGAAUGUGAGUGUGAAUGGUUGUCUAUGUGUCAGCCCUGUGAUGACCUGGCGACUUGUCCAGGGUGUACCCCGCCUUUCGCCCGUAGUCAGCUGGGAUAGGCUCCAGCUUGCCUGCGACCCUGUAGAAGGAUAAAGCGGCUAGAGAUAAUGAGAUGGGGGUCGUCGAGUUGGAAAGACGGAUUUUGGCAGCAGGAGUGAGGAGUGCAUGAUUCGCUUGUGAUGCGCAGACGGAAGGAGCGAAAGGGAUUGAAGAAGGCUGCAGCAGUAGUAACACCAAGCUUUGGUUAUCCUACGAUUUAUCAUGGAUGCAUUCUGAUUUUGGGAUGGGCUUCUCUGAUAGUAUGGAUAGUGCAGGGGAGGAAUUUCAAAUUGUGGGUAAAUCCAAAAAACAAGGGAGCAAACGCACAAGAGAGAGACACAGUAGGUCUAGCACAGGGAGUGAUGGGGAGUUGCAGCGCCCAAAAAUAAGGAGAGAUGGGGAGUUUGUGGUAAUUGUGAAAUUGAAAGGCACUGGGACAACCUUGAACAAAAUACAGUUGGCUGAACAUUUGGUGAAAGACAUAGGUAACUUCCAAUACGCGAAAUCUCUUGCCAAUGGGAGGAUUUUAGUGGUCUGUCAUUCCAAAUCUCAACAGGAACGUGCACUUGCUAUAACAUCUCUGAACAAGUGCGAUGUGGAGGUUUACGCACCGGGGACAGGCUCUAAGACUAAAGGUGUGAUCUAUGGGGUGCCUACUGAGCUAUCAGAUGAAGAUAUCUUGGGUAAAGCGAAAGGAGCAGAGGUCUCCGAAGUAAAGCGCUUCCAAAUAACGAAAGAUAACAUGAGAGUGGCCAGCCAAACAGUCUUAUUAACAUUUGAGUCAGAAUCUAUCCCCAGGCGGAUUGAAAUUGGGUACUUGAUCUUUCAAGUUAAGCCCUACAUUAGACCCCCGCUGCGAUGCUUUAAUUGUCACACAUAUGGACAUGUGGCGGCUGUAUGUAGAAAGAAAAGAAAGUGUGGUAAGUGCGGGGGAGACCAUAACUAUGAGGAUUGUGCGUCAGCUUUAUGCUGUCCGAACUGUGGAGAAGCGCAUAGUGCAGGCUUUAAAGGGUGCCGCUUCUAUGCGAACGCCGUAGAAGUGCAAAAAAUUAGAACUUAUGAACGCGUGUCAUAUGCUGAAGCUGUGAAAAGAGUGGGUCAUGCUAACCGCCCCUCUCAACAACCUGCUAGAAUCUUCACUCCUCCGAGCGAUAGCCUUAUCAUUAAGAAAACUGAUUUCCUGGCUUUUAUCACUGACGUGCUUACUGGGCUUAAGUUUUCUAAGGUGGUUAAAAAGUCAGAUGUGAUCCGGAUUGUUUCAUUGUCAGCAGCGAAAUAUCUGCAGAUAUUGAACGGGCGUACGAUAUGCUGUGGAGAGAAGGCCUCCUUGUCAAACUGCUCAAGUAUGGUGUCAAUGGAAGGCUGUUUAGCUGGAUUAAGAAUUUCUUGGAAGAUCGAACUAUCCAGCAUGUUACCUUUCGCUGUAGUGGAGUUUUCAAAUCACGGACUGGCAGUUAUAGCAACCAAAUUGUUUACUGGGCCUGAGGAGGAUGAAUGCUAUUGGCCACCAGCAAAGAUGAACUCGACAAGGGCAGCCAUAAAGCAAAAGGACCCUUGCACUGACUGGGUGACACACGAAGUGACCGUGAAGAGAAAAGCUGCAACAUAUGAAAUUGCUCGCUCAAAGUUAGUGGAAUAUGAACAGAAUACAGAUGUAUCAACCGAGCCUGAGUCUACAGAGAAUAUGGGCAGAGGGAAGCGCAAAAGGAGGUUUACCGUCCAAACGAGAUCACAUGAGAUUACCUUUCACAGGCAAGUGGUCAUGUCCAGCGAGGCUGAAGAUGAGGAUGACGACGACAUCAACAAUCAGGCAUCUCCAUCACCUCUGAGGCCUCCAUCUACUCUGAGAUGUAUGCAGACCCCUCUCCUCCCCCCCACGGGUCUCUGCAGACCCCCCUCCACCCACCCACAGGUCUCUGCAGACCCCUCCACCCACCCACAGGUCUAUACAGACUCCUGCACCCCCUGCUCCCACCCACGGGUCUUCAACCCCAAGACGAGACAUUCGGGAUAGCAUGUUUGUUCGCAUUUUGACCCUGCUUGAGGAGGUGAAAGACACACAGAGGAACCAUGGGAGGAUUCUCCAGGCACUUCUCCAAGAUCGACACAACAUUGCCAACCCCGUUUGUUCUACUCCAGAGGGUUUCCCCCUCAAGACGGUUAAUGAAGUCGACUGCAUGGAAGAAAAACUGGCAAACCCCACCUUCAUGUCAGAACUGAUUGCAGCUGUGGCGGACAUUGGAGGGGGCACUGUUGACGGGGCCACGAGAAGGAUGAUGGUGUUCCUCAUUGACCACAACCUAUCCAGACAGUACAACUUCGUGGGGAGAAAUAGCAAGAGAGGAUUCAAGCCCCUCAAGCUGUUUGAAGUAAUUUAUGGAGCCUUGAAGAAGAAUGCAAUGACCAGUCAGAUCACCAGAAAGGACGCAGAGAAGGCGGUCUCGAAGUGGCUGAUUGGUGCUAGGGACCGGGGGGGGGGCAAUCGACAGGCCCGUCAGGCCAGAGAGGCAGCCCCUCAGGAAAUUUAAAUUGUAUUUAUUUAUUUUUUUUUUUCUCAGUGAAUUCUGUAAUAAAAACUUAGUUUUUAUUUUUUGUAAAUAGCAAUAAAAAAGUAAUUGUA